AUAUAAUUAAAAAAAAAUAUUGUCUGAUCUUUAAUGUUUUAAUCAAAUUAUUUUAUCUUUUUAACUAUAUUUAUUCUUGCUAUUGUUGUAACUUCUAUAGCUUAUAAAGCAAAUAUUUUUAAUUUAGAUUCUACACAUAAUUUAUAAAAAUACAAUUAUUUACCUGAAACAAUUGAAGACGAACAAAUUCCUGAUGAAAAUACUUCAUCAAAUAUUUUAGAUAUUAAAACAAUCAAUUUUCAUUUAGAUAUAUAUUUAGAUUUUAACUCAAAAAGUAUAAAUGGUACUUAGACUAUUAACAUGAGUGCUUUGAAACAUGGAGUAAAAAGGGUAGAUUUAGAUAUAUUAAAUACAUAAAUUUUUAGCGUUUAAGAUGGAAAAAGCGGCCUUUCUUUGAAUUUUACUGUAGUUCCUUAAUAAAAAGAAAAUCAAACACCAGGAGAUUAACUUUAAAUUUUCUUACCUUCUUCCUCUUACUUAGGAUAAAAAUACAAAUUUAUUAUUUAAUAUAUUUCUAUAAAUCCAAUGGCCACUUCUUGGUUGAAACCUGAAUAAACUGCAUCUAAAACUCUACCAUAUUUAUACACAUAGUGUGAACCAGUAUACUGCAGAAGUUUAGCUCCAUUAUAAGACACUCCAUCAGUCAAAGCCCCAUAUUCUGCAAAUGUAACAGUUUCGAAUUCUAUAAAGGUAUUUAUGAGUGCCGUUAUGACAUCAUCGAAACCUUCUUUAAUAUACAAAGACUCAAUAGUUUACUCAUUUACCCAAAAUAUUCCCAUUCCUUCUUAUUUACUAACAAUCGUAGCAGGAAAUAUAGUCUAAAAGUCAACUGGAAAACGCACUGCUGUUAUAAGCGAGCCCAUAUAUAUAGACUCUUAUGUCCAAGAAUUAUCUGACCUUGAAUUAUAUUUGACCACUGUUGAAGAUUACACAAUACCAUACAUGUGGGGAGAAUACAAAGUAGUAAUAUUGCCCCCAUCUUUCCCUUUCGGAGGUAUGGAAAAUCCCUUAUUAACAUUUGCCUCUCCUUCGAUAAUUGCAGGGGAUAAAAGCGGAGUAGUUGUUGCGAUUCAUGAAAUAGCACAUAGUUGGACAGGAAAUUACGUCACAUGUAAAAACUGGAGAAAUAUGUGGAUGAAUGAAGGAUUUACAGUCUAUUUAUAAAGAAAAGCAGACCUAAUUCUUUUCGGAUAAAACUCUUUUUAUGUUGAUGCGACUGUUGGAAAUGAUACAAUGGUUGACGAUAUGAAGAAUUUCGGAUUUAACAAUUCUUAUUCAUCCUUAUAUCCAAUUGCUAAAAAUGUUAAUCCUGAUGAUUCUUUUUCGACUGUCCCUUAUGAAAAAGGCUUUUAAUUCUUAAUGUAUAUUGAAACUUUGGUAGGAGAAAAAUUCCUAUAAUAACUAAUAAGAGCUUAUUUGAAAAAAUUUGCAUUUUAAAGUGUAGACUAUAAAGAUUUCUAAAACUUUUUUAAUAAUUAUGUAUUGUAAAAAUGGCAUGAUCCUAUUUAAGCUUAAUAAUUUUUGAGUAUUAUUGAUUGGAAAACUUGGGUAGAAUAACCUGGAUUACCUGUUAUUACACUAAAUUUCACUACUCCAAUUAUUUAAGAAUCUAAAGAUUUAGCUUAAGAAUAUAUUAGUUUGGGUGGUAAAAGUUCGCCUAAAUUUUUCAAAAAAUUCUUAAAAUAUGAUUUGAAUACUAAAUCUAUAUUCUUGUAAUCUUUGUUUGAAAAUUUGUCUAAAAUUAAUGUUGAUAUUUUAAAAAGAAUCGAAGAAGAUUAUUAACUUAGUACUUAGUAAAAUAAAGAAUUAUUAUGGAGAUGGUACAGAAUCACUAUUUUAGCUGGAUAUAAUGAUAAUAAAGAACUUGUUCAUAAAUUCUUGGGAUCUAUUGGUAGACUUAAAAUGAUUACUCCUGUGUAUUUAGCUUUAAUUUAAAAUGGAUAAAAAGAACUCGCUAAAUAAUAUUUCGUAGAGUACAAGAACUUCUAUCAUCCUAUUGCAGUUUCUAAUAUAUAGAAAUUAUUAGAUUAGAAUUGAUUAAAAACAAAAGAAAUAUAU